AGUUUCCUUGGGGAAAACGGGGGCGGGGGGCUGGUUAGCAGUGCCAAAACUGAUGCUCAGGGGCUUUUAUGGAUCUAUUUAUGUCUGAGGCUGUGCUGUCUAGUGGUUAGGACACUGGAGUUGGGAGACCUCAGAUCUAUUCCAGGUUCUGCAACUAACCUGCUGUGUGAGCCCUGGGCAAGUCAUUUUUGCCUCUCUUUGCCUCCUCCCUUUUGUCUGUUUAGACAGUAAACUUUUGGGGCAGGGACUCUCUCACAGUGCAUUUGUACAGCACCAAGCCGAGUGGAGCCCUGAUCUCAUUUGGAGCCUCUAGACACUGUUAUAAUACUGGGGAUGGGGCUGGCUCUAGUAGAGAAGACUGAGAAUGGAACUGGGAGCCAGGAACUCCUAAUCCCACGUCGGAAACUGACUCACUGCGUAACCUGAGGCUGUCACAUAACCUCUCGGCGUCUCUGUUUUGCAUGCACGCUGCUGAGACAUCUGAAGAAGCUGAGUGUGACCAGUGGGGAAACUACUGGCUACUCCGGAGAAAUCCUCCUGUUAAAGAGACUGAACAAGUUCUCUGCGCUAGAAUAGAUGGGCUGAGGAGGCUCUGAGCCAUUAAGGCUAAUGGUGGCUGGAGAAAACAACGUACGGCUGAAUGGAAAUAUGAUUUGAUUGCCCACAAUAGAGUGCAUUAGAGAGCUCUAAAAGGCAGCGCUGUUUGCUCCACAGCUGGCUGCAGCUUGAGAAGUCAGUAGCAACAAGGGAUACUAUAGACUGUUGUUAGUGGCUGGUGACUCCAAGGACUCUGUGCCCAGGAACAACGUUCAUGUUCAGGCCCUGCACAAGACAGUUAUUUCUCCCCUGUGCAACCCCAAAGCACAGUUCCCAUAGGGCACGAUCUGAUGUCUGUGGAAAGGUUCCAAAUGAGUUUAAUAGCAGCUGGAAUGGGCCCAUAAGCAGCUUGAUUCGGAAAUGCUGAUGGCAGAACAACCAUGAGAAAGAAAACAGAGCAACUGCGAGGGGAAGAGAUUUUUAUUAAUUCUGCAAAAUUUAAUGAUAUUUAUUUUGGCAAUUGGCAUCUAUUUGACUUCAACGACCAAUUGAUACUCUAGAGAAAGGGUGUUUGCAUUGAAGUUUCAAAUAAGGGAAAAAUCAAGCAGAAUAAAAAAAUGACACUUCUGCUCGCAGGUGUAACGCUGGUGUCGGCCUUUGGAUCGUCUUUCCAGUACGGUUACAAUGUCUCCGUGAUCAACUCUCCAGCUGUGUUCAUGCAAGAGUUUUACAAUGAAACCUACUUUGACAGGAAUGGCAUCCCGAUGGAGAGCAGCUUCCAAAAACUGCUCUGGUCUCUCACGGUAUCUAUGUUCCCACUCGGAGGUUUCUUUGGGUCCCUUAUGGUGGGCCCUCUGGUGAACAAAUGUGGCAGAAAGGGCACUUUGCUGAUAAAUAACAUCUUCUCCAUUGUCCCUGCCAUCCUCAUGGGAACUUCCAAGGUGGCAAAGACCUUUGAGGUGAUCAUCCUCUCGCGAAUCAUCGUGGGAAUAUGCGCUGGCCUGUCCUCCAAUGUCGUUCCCAUGUACCUGGGAGAGAUGUCCCCCAAAAACCUGAGAGGUGCAGUCGGGGUGGUGCCCCAGCUCUUCAUCACCAUUGGCAUCCUUAUAGCUCAGAUCCUGGGUCUUUCUAACAUCCUUGGAAACCUGGAAGGCUGGCCAGUGUUACUAGGGCUAACUGGGAUCCCUGCAGUGGUGGAACUCCUCCUGUUGCCCUUCUUUCCUGAGAGUCCCAGGUACCUACUGAUACAGAAGGGCAAUGAAGAACAAGCCAGGCAAGCUCUGAAGAGGCUGAGAGGUUGGGACGAUGUGGAUGACGAGAUCAAAGAGAUGUGUCGGGAAGACCAGUCAGAAAAGUUGGACGGUCGUCUGUCCGUGUUCAACCUCUGCACCUUCCAGGCCCUGCGGUGGCAGCUCAUCUCCAUCAUUGUCAUGAUGAUGGGCCAGCAGCUUUCUGGAGUUAACGCGAUCUUCUACUAUACAGAUGAAAUCUUCAAGUCUGCAGGUGUGAAUGAAAACAACGUGCAGUAUGUCACAGUGGGGAUAGGUGCAGUCAAUGUGUUCAUGACUUGCGUAGCGGUUUUCAUCAUUGAGUCCCUGGGGAGGAGACUUCUGCUUCUCGCUGGCUUUGGGAUCUGCUGUGUAUCCUGUGCUGUGUUAACGAUGGCCCUCAACCUCCAGGCCACUGUCUCCUGGAUGCAGUACCUCAGCAUAGCCUGCGUCAUCGCCUAUAUCAUUGGACAUGCUAUCGGAGCUAGUCCAAUCCCCUUUGUGAUGAUCACUGAAAUGUUCCUUCAGUCAUCUCGGCCUGCGGCCUUCAUGGUGGGUGGAUCUGUGCAUUGGCUCAGCAACUUCACGGUGGGGCUCGUCUUCCUUUAUAUGGUGGAAGGGCUUGGAGCCUAUUGCUUCCUCGUCUUCUGCGCCAUCUGCCUGGUCACCUUCAUUUACAUCUUCAUCAUUGUCCCCGAAACCAAGGGCAAAACCUUCAUGGAGAUCAAUCAGAGCAUGGCCAAGAGGAACAAGGUAGAAAUCCAGAUGGACAAAGAAAAGCUGAAUGAUUUCCAGACUGCCGCGGAGACACCGAAGAAGAAGGAAGAAGCACACUCAACCAGUGUGCUCUGAUCCGGUCCAGCAUCCCGAUUCACACAGUGAUGACCACGGUUUCUCUUCAGUGGGGGAACUGCUUCCUGGCUGGACCUUUGCUUUUUCAUUCAAAACUUUUUCUGCAUGUCUCCCACAGUGGGAGAGUGUCCAAAGAAGCCAGAGAGAGGAGUCACACUAGCUGCUCCUGCCAGCACUAGCAUGAAUGUUGGUGGUAAUGUUUGGGUUUAGAAAAUUAAUCUUUCUCUGCAUUCACACGUUGAGCUAACUGGGGGCCCUACCUCUCAGCCAGCCAAAAAAAUUGUCACUUAAUGCUUAAGGAGCAUGUCCAAAAUGCUCUGUAAACUAGUCCAAAUUCUGGAGAGGUGGGUAUCGCUGUCCCUGUCUUACAGAUAGGGAAACUGAGGCAGUGACAUUUACAGAGUCGUUUGCAGAGCCAGGAUUAGAUCCCACAAGCAUCUACCUUCCAUCCCUGCUCUGGCCAGUAGGCUGUGCUGUCCCCUGGUGGAUGUAGGCUGCCAGUUCAAUGGGAGCAGCAUAACUCUGGUGUCAUUCUGGUACGAAACAAAACAAAACAAUACCAAGGGCCUGGUACAGUGAAUGCUCUGGGGCUGGGUAGGGAGUGGGUCAGUGAGGGGCCCUGGCCCACCCUCAGGACCUGCUUUGUGUGGCUGCCUUAGGGCUCAUCCGGCAGCAAGAGAGACCCCACCUGGGAUGCAGUGUGGGGCAUCCAGACCUGGCUGCGCAGAGCUGGGAGAGCUCUCGCCAUAAGCCUAACACUCCGCCCCUGCGUCCCUGCUGCCUGGAGACUGGGGUAUCGCCCCGGUGCUCCCUCUGGCAGAUUUGACUCUUUGGGGCCUCACACAACAUCAUGCAGUGAUGUGGCCGGGAGCGGUGCCACCGUGAUGCAGGGUCCGAGCUAUGGUGCCAUGCAUGACUUCCCAGCAAAGGAGCAAACGCAGCUCCUCCUCCUCCCUCCCCCUGCUACUCUGGGUGUUUUGCACCCCUGGGUUCAUGAUUUCAGUGGGUGCCGUUGAAUCCAUGAACCCCCACUAAAGCUGUCCCUGGUGCUGCCUGUCCAGUUAACUAUCCCUAAUGCAGUUUCCGUCACACAUAGCAGGGCUGGGACAAACCAGCUUGGAGAUAACUAGGCCCCUCCCAGGUCCGUGCCGAGCAAGCAGGCUGUGAGCCCCUGUGAGCGCGCUCUGGCUUUUGUCAUCACUGGAAGUAUUGUCCCACUCCACCAUUCAAGGCAAUGUUGCCUAAAAAGCCACCCAAUGAAAACUGAGCGAUUGGCCCUCUGCUGUAAUCCUCCUAACCAAACAGAGGAAGCUGGUGCCUCUGAGAGCCAGUGGGCAAAAGCUCCAUCAGGCAGAAGUGUGAAGAUCCUUGAUGUGGCAAUAGCUAGCGAAAGGGGGAGGUCCCCGGAAUGAACUGGUGAGGAAGAGGGUAACAUUAGCCCUUAAUGCAGAAAGGACUCUUCCUAGGUUGUGCUGGACCGAUUGGUUUGUAGCGGUAAAUAAAUCUGAUUGGAUGAAAACUUCUGCACGUGGCUGUUCUGGCGCAGGCUGAGAGAGGUCUCUGCAUCGCAAAUGGUUGCUCGUCGCAAACGUUCUCAGUCCAUCGAGGGCCUUGUCAGGACGGCCGGCUCGCGCUUGUUGUGUAACCCUUCUAGGUGGCCUGUGGGAGCGGUGCUGAGGGCCAAUUCUACCACUGGGGGCUGGAGCUGGGGAUGAAGGAUGCAAUGAAAUUCUACCUGCAGCAGAGAUGCCAAGGGUUGGCUGUCCUUAAGAGGGAGUUUUACAACCCCAAAGAGUGACACUUUCCAGGUGGUGUGGCAGGUCAUUGCUUAAGACAGGGACUCUCAUCUUUGGUCCUUGGCGACAUCCGAUAGUCCAGGUUUUUAAUCCAACCAGCACUUAAUAGUUUGUUUUUAAAAUGUACACUGCUUAAUAUUGCAUAUGAAAUGCUCAGAUGUCCUAAUUCAUACUAAAGUCUAGGGCACAUGGGAAUUCUGUAUGCAACGCAAACCAGUGGAUUUUAGUAAAACACAACUAUUUGCUACUUGGAACCAAGACCUGGAUAGUUGGAGAUCCCCGAGGACAUGAAUUUGUCCAGUGGGGUUUAAAUUUUGAACUGUAUUUGGCAGAACCUGCAAACUUUUGAUCAAGUCGUGCUCAUUUUUUGGGCAAAGUCAUAUUUUUUUGACCAUCAAGUAGUGUGUCUCACGCGCACACACACAAAUCCCGCGUAGCCUCUUCUCUUCUGGCGGGCCUGUCGUCUCCAUGGUUACCACAGUACACAAGCUUGGAAAACAGCUUUCCAAUCUCCAAAGAGGCCCUGGCUGUAUUGUUGUCUCUUGCAGCACCUGAGUAAAAAUGUUUUAAAUUUUUAUAUAUUUACUCAGAAUGAGUGAGAUACAUGUGAGAGUGAGAUAGUGUGCUAAUGAGUGAGCCUCACACCCAGUGUCUGCUGCUGGUCACCCUGCUAUUGGUCAUGGAGCCGAAUGAUAAGUAUUAAAUCUGAUAGGAAAACACAAGAAAACAAAUUAGAAACUGAGCAGGGCUAAGUCUGUAGGCCCAGUCUGUUUGUUGCAAAGGGGUGUUUCAACAAGUACAGGGCUGUGCUGCCUGGAUGUUCAAAGGGGAAGCAGGCUUGAUUUUCAGCCAGGCCUUAAGCUUUUAGCACCAACAUAUAUUUCCAGGUGCAGUUAAAAUAAUUUGGAUAUGUAAGUAAAUGAUGGUGCCUGGAGUUCUAAGUACCAUCUUUGCAGGUGCAGGCAGGUACCUCUAGGUGACCUUAUUUGUACCCACAAUUUGCUGACACAAAAAUGGAAGCCUGAAAACCUGUCCUGAAGUGUCAGCCAAAGGACUGAGUGAAAAUUUAAUCUGAAUCCAUCUGCAUGAUGUAGACCUCAGAACCGGCUCAACUCUUCUUGGGGAAGGGGAAGAAAUGACUGUACAGAUUUCACACACCCCACCACAGAAUGCCACUGUCUGACUUUGAUUCUCCGACUGUCGAUUCUGAUCCCACACCAGUUUCACAGAUUGACGUCACAGGAGUUAUGCCUGAGUUAUGCUGUCGUGAGAGCAGAAUCAGGCCCAUAAAGUGUAAGCUGUCAGAAUCAACUGUUCCUGCAAAGCAUUUCUAAGAUCGAAAACCCCUAACGCCCUGAGAAGUUGUAGAGAAGUAAGGAAUUCUUCCAACAGAGAUUGGAGCGGUCCUGGAAUUAAUCUUUCUAUUGGCAUUGGACCAAAUUGGUGAGGUACAAAUGCAGCUGCAGACAGAAGUGUUUGAAAUCUGGUCCCCUCUUGGUGGCACUGUGCUGUCACUUUUACAAGGGGGAGAAAUAACCUUUGCUUCUAACAAAAUAUACCAGACGCAUGAGUGGUAAUUGCAUGAGUGGUAAAUGGUCCUCUAGUAACGUCAAGAUGUUAUGAAGGAAUCCGAGGAGAAUUAUUCACUGUCACUUAUUUAGCACAUAGCGGCAGCAAAAGAAUAUAUGAAACGCAUGUAAAUUUUCUUGUGACAUGAAAACAAACCCUUAAAGACCAUACCUGUCCAAUACAUGGCCCCCCAGUGUGAGUUGAUCUCAUCAUGUGUUUUCUGUUCUUUUACUGCUGUCAGAAUGUUCUACUUCCACUUGGAAGAGAGGAGGAAAAAUGUUCUUGUGAUACAUGGGGCCAGAUUCUGUGCAUGCACGAAUAGAGUAAUGCUACUGGGGCCAUUAAGGUGAGAGGAGAAUCAAGCCCUGCAAUAUACCAGGUUUGUGUGUGACUUGUUCUCUCUGCAGUGGAGGAAAGAGUACAGGUGUGGAUGCAACAAUAGAAUUUUGUUUUCUUUAAUCUUGAA